AUGGACGACUCGGGCUCGGACUCGGACUCCUAUCUCUCUGACACGUCGACGGUCGACUUUGACCAACAUCGCGCCAGUCCCACCAGUAACUCCGAGACCACAUCCUACGCGCCCAUGCUUAUUGAGGCAACGGAGGACGCACAAAAGCUCCAGAAAAUGAGCUUGGAGCUUGCAUCUGCAAGAAUGGAAAUUAUGAAACGCAAGGCCGUUGGUCAAACCCAAGAGGCUGUGAUUCAAAAGCUUAGAGCUACCCUUGAGGAGGAGAAAAAGAGGAUAGCAACUGGCCAAGAUGAGGCGCUACAGCAACACAAAGAAACCAUCCGGAAGCUGAGAGAGGAAUAUACAACAGCAGUGGCGGAAAAUGACGGGAACGAGCACGCCAACUCAGUCAUGACUGCUCUCAGAUUGGAGGUUGCGGGGUUGCGAACGUCCCUAGAUUUGACUGAACAGCACCGCGAUCAGGCUGUGAGCAACAACAUCGAUCUUCAACAGCCUAACAACGAUCUCAGGUGGGCUUUGGCGGCGCACGGACGCGAAAUCGAAAAGCUAUGCGGCGCAGAGAACAAGAUGGCCCGUAUCGAGAAGGUAUUCAAGGAGUCAUUCCAGAAUACCGGCACAUCACUCAUAUCCAUCAACGGUGUUUAUGACUUGGAAGGGUCACUUCAGCUGUUACUCGAAAGGGACAAAUCCAGGGUCAAGGAGCUUGACGAUGUCAAGAAACAAUUGCUUGAGGCCAAGAAUGCUAAACCAUCCGAAGAAGGUAAUCACGAGAGACCACGAAAGUGGUGGUCAAUGUCUUUUGAUUGGAUGAAGACAGAGAGAUACCUAUGGCGAGGAAAGAAGACAGGGUAGGUGGCCAUUGCUCCUGAUUCUAAGUGGGCAGGGGC